CUUUUAAUCUCUACUGUUCAUUGCGUCAGUGAUUCGAAUUCUUCUUUAAUUGGACUAUUUCUGCCCCUUUUCUUUGAAAGGAAAACCAAUUCUGCUCUUUCCCUCCCCGGGCGCGAUCUCCUUCCUCUGAUUUCCGAAUUGGGCUGUUUAUAGAGUGAUAGUAGCACUGUUUGAUUAUUUUGUCAUAACACUCUGUUUUGUUGCUGUUGCCUAUGCGUUCAAACCCCAACUUCUCAUCACUUUUACGCUUGUAUAUGUGUGUGUGCAUAUAGCUUUAUUGUGUCAUUGUUUAAUUGCUUAAGCAUUAGCUUUAUUAGCUGAUAAUUUGAUCAAAGACAUUUGUGCAAAUAACUACAUGUAAUGAUUGUAAUCUGUUUCGUUGGAACUGUGUUUCUGUAACGAGAUAGAGCCUUUUUGGAUUGAAUUUUGAAAAGGAAGGAAUAGGACUAGACAAUUGUGUCUAGAAGGAGGUUGAGUUUUGGAUGGAAUAUGAUAUAAUCUUUAAUCUCUGAUGCAACACAGGUUCAUCGACUAAACUACUGCAGAAGUUUCCUUAUUAGCAAUGGCUGGUGAUGCAUAUAAGGAACAUAUUGCAGGACUAUUGAAAGUCAUCCGAGCUUCGAAAAUUGUCAAAGAGGACAACAUUCCUUGCCUAAUUGAAGAUGGCCUUUUCUUAGGAUCUCUUGGAGCUGCCAAUAAUAAGACUGCUCUGAAAGCGUUGAACGUCACUCACAUAUUGACUGUCGCCUAUUCGCUGAUCCCUUCUCACCCUAACGAUUUUGUUUACAAAGUUAUCGAAGUUCGCGACACAGAAGAUGUCAAACUAUCUCAGUACUUCGACGAGAGUUUUGCAUUUAUAGAUGAAGCUAAGGCGUCAGGAGGUGGUAUACUGGUUCACUGCUUUCUUGGACGAUCAAGAAGUGUUACCGUCAUUGUUGCUUAUCUUAUGUUUAAACAUGGUAUGAGCUUAUCUGAAGCUAUGGAGCACGUGAGGGUGAAAAGGCCAAUGAUGUGUCCCAACCAAGGAUUCAUUUCACAACUCGAGGAGUAUGCGAAAUUUCUUCAAGAUGCAAAAAACAAGGACAGAUCAGCACACGAGCCUGAAAUGUCGGGUGGCUCAGUAUAGUUAUCUUUCAGUGAGAUACGAAGACACCUCCAAUGGCUACCGAUGUAUACAUACAGAAGCAUUCUUAUCGCUUCUUCUUGUCUCUGUUUCUGAAGCAGCGGCAAAUUAUAGACAUCAAGGCACGUUCAUUUCUCUCUUUGGAGUGAAUAAGGGGACACAUUUCUCCACAUGGAUUACAAUGGACCAAACUCAAUGUCUGAAGCAGCUCAAAUUAACUAGUUGAGCUAAUGCUAAUAUAAUCAUGCCUGUAUUUAGAAUUUUAGCUUCUGUAAUAACUGUUUCGUGCUCUAUUUAUUUCAAAUCAGUUACCAACAGAUUAUGCUGUUGUUUUCAUUUUGGAUGCUGAAAUGAAAAUGAUAGGUUGCAAUGUCUUA